UUUUUUUUAUUUUUUGUAGUGUGUAUGUGUGUAUGUGUGUAUGUGUGUGUGUCUGUGUGUCUGUGUGUGUGUAUGCGGUCGAUGGUACCCUGGGUAUUGGCUCAAAAAAUAGUGGGGUUCAAAAAAAUUUAAUUACUCUCUUUUUUUUAUCAUUAAAAGAUUCUAUUUCUUAUUUAAAAGCGAGAUAGAAGUAGCAUGUAUAAGGGAUGGUAUUUCGUUUCUGUUUAUGCCCUAGAAAAUACCCUAUUUUACCUCCAUUGUACAGAUUAAAGCCAUCUUGUAGAUCUUUUAAAUACCCUGGCGCUUUGUUACAGCCAUCUUUUAAUCGUCAAUUAAAUACAAAAGCAAUAGAUCAGAUCAGUCACCAACUAGAAAAGAUAGAAUUAACCCCUAAAUCGUCAUCGUCAUCGUCAUCGUCAUCACCAUCAUCAUCAUCGCCGCCUCCUUCUUUAUCUUUUAUCAAAUCAUCUGACUAUCAAGAGUUAGAUCAAAUAUUAAAAAACUCUUACUCAUCAAAACAAGCAAGAAUAUGGUAUUCUCAUAUAGCUAAAUGGCCACCGAAAGGGAUCGUGUAUCUAUUCUCCACCAAGUUAAAGGAAAUGGAAUACAAUAAGAAAUUACGCUCAGUAUUUCUAGAAGCAGCUUCAUAUUGGUCUAUAGAUACAAUUCACUCUAUCAUGUCUAUGUGGGGUCGUCAGUAUACUCAAUUAAGAUUAGAUUUAUUCAACUCAAUACUGUUACCAAGAUAUGUAAUUACUCGAGAUAUCUCAUCUAUCAUCUAUGCAAUUCCUCAGAAGGGGAAAUUAACUGACAUAUUACCAUUCUAUAAUACUGCACUUAGUCAAUGUCAACGUAAUAAAGAAUAUAACCAUAUGGAAUUCAUAUUGGAUUUGAUGAAAGAACGAGGUGUUCCAUUUGAUACAGCAACAUUUAAUAUUUUGAUACGCAUGAAAUUAUCGAGUUAUAAUGAGAAGAGUCAAGAUGACAUGGAUGGAUUAAACCUUUAUCAUAAUCUAUUGAAAGAAGGAUUUAUACCAAGUCAGGCUACAUUUAAUAUAUUUAUUAGACACUCGAUACAAUACCGGCAAUGGCAUAUACUAAAGCGUUGGUUGGAUCUAAUGGAGGACCAUCAUCUUCCACCCAAUGUAGUAACCUUACGGAUCUUGUUUCGAGCAAUGACAAAGUAUCCAAAUGAAGAAGAUGUCUGUAAAGCAUUUGAGCAUGUAGCAAACAGGGUUCCUUUAAUAACAGAGAAGGAAAAGCUUUUAAAUGCAGGAAUAACAUCCCUCUUGGAAAAUAAUGAAAAUGAGGCCGCAAUGGAUGUCUUGAACAAGGUCUUUCGAUUAGAUGAACCUCCUUCAAUCUAUGCUUAUAACUUACUUUUACGAGCUUUAUGUCAAGAUAGUAGAAUAGAUGAUGCACAACGUGUUUUAGAUACCAUGAUGAUGUCCUCUGAUAGUAACAUACCCAAACCCGAUAUCGUGAGUUUUACGACUGUUAUUCAUGGAUUUGUACGUAAAAGUGAGGGACUUGAAGAAGUUGAAGCACUUUAUGAAAGUUUAUUACAACAAGACUUACAUACAAACAACGUCCUACAAUCUGUUAUUAUGUAUGCCUUGAUCAGAGCAUCAGCAUCGGAAAAUUACAAGGACCUAACAAAAAUUAAAACCAUGUUUGAAUCUAUUAUAGCACGCAACCAUCAAACACGGACACCAUUUCAACAUGGAAACAAGGCAUUAUCUGAAAUGACUGUUUAUAAUAUGAUGAUCGAUUUUUAUUUUUUGCACUAUCAUCAUUCAGAAAGACUUCGAGAUCGAAUACCGCAAGAGCCAUUUCGACUUUUAGAGGAGGCUAUUGAACGCAAGAAAUUAAAGCCAAAUCUCACGACGCUUAAUAUUAUGGUUCGUGGAUUAGCUAUUUUAAAUAAAGAUUUAAAUUUAGCUGAAAAGAUGGUAGAAUGGUUAAAAGAAAAGGGAGUCAAUAUGGAUGAAAGAACAGUUUGGUACCUGGCAAAGACUGCUUAUCGUCAAGGGCAAUUGAGUCGAGCAUGUCAAUGGAUAGAUGCCUAUGAUAGUCUUGGUCAACCCAUUAAAGGUUCUGGAUUAAUUAGACUAAAAUCCAAACUAAAAAAAGAUACAAUAGACGAAAAGGAAGAAAUAUAGAAGUAUAUCUAUUUAUACAGCUUGUAGUUUAUAGUCUAUUUGAAAACUUUAAAUAAUAAUAAUAAUAAUAAAAAAAAUAGGCCUACACUAGAAAUAGUUUACUAGAUAGCUUAUAGAAAAUAUUGUAUUACAAAGGCUUUUCGUUUACUAUGAU